CCGUCGUUGCGCACGGACCUAACCUAACCUAACUUUCUAACCUAACCUAACCCGCCUAGUCAGUCUAGUCCAUGUUCUGUUAUUUGAGUGAUUCGGGUGCGAUACAAGACAUCGGUUUGAACUGCAAUUUUAAAGAUGGUCAAAAACGGAUUCGCACAAUUUAUGAGCAGAGCAUGUAUCCCCCAGAGGUAUGUACUGGGCAUUAUGGGAUUGCUCGGGAUGGCCAAUGCCUACAUCAUGAGGGCUUGUCUCUCCAUAGCCAUCACUGCGAUGGUCACUCACAGACCUCCGGACUCAACGUAUGUCAAUGAGGAGGAGUGUCCAGCCGUUGACCAAGGGAACAGCACGGUCCGAGGGGUCAUGGUGGAGGGCACCUACGAUUGGGAUGAAAAAACGCAAGGAUUGAUCCUGUCAUCCUUCUACUACGGCUACAUCAUCACACAUGUUCCUGGAGGAGUCUUGGCUCAGAGGUUUGGUGGCAAGCACACUCUAGGUCUAGGCAUCUUCAGCACGGCCAUCUUCACACUGCUGACUCCUAUUACUGCUGAAUCUAUGGGAGCUUGGGGGCUGAUCUUGUUGAGGUUCCUCAUGGGACUCGGAGAGGGCACAACAUUCCCAGCUCUGAGCACACUGCUGGCUCAAUGGGCUCCACCAUUGGAGAAAAGCAAAUUGUCCAGUUUAUGCUUUGCAGGUGUACAGCUGGGAAUGAUCAUCGCCACGAGUCUAGGAGGGAUCAUCAUACAAUAUACAGCCAGCUGGGCCAGUGUAUUCUACGUGUUCGGGUUGGUAGGUGUGGUUUGGUUUGUAAUCUGGUGUCUCGUCUGCUACAACGAUCCAGCGUCCCAUCCUUUCAUCACGGAAGAGGAACGGGCGUACUUGGAAGAGACUAUUGGCUGUACUAAGAGGGAUAAGGACCUAGGAGGAACACCUUGGAAGACUCUUCUGACCUCAGCUCCUGUCUGGGCACUCAUCAUAGGAGAGUGUGGGCAUGACUGGGGGCUCUACACUAUGAUCACAGACCUUCCCAAGUACAUGAACGACGUCAUGCACUUCAACAUUGCACAGAAUGGGUUGGUAUCUGCCAUUCCCUAUCUUACCAUGUGGAUUUGCUCCAUCGCCAUUGGAGCAUUGGCAGACUGGUUGCUAGCAAGAGAAAUUAUCACGAUAACACCAAUGAGAAAAGUACUUGCCACUGUCGGUGCCGUAGGCCCAGGCCUGGGUGUAGUCCUGGCGUCGUACGCAGGUUGUGACAAGUUCCUUGUCACUGUUCUCUUUACCAUCGGUAUGGGUCUGAUGGGAUUCUGUUACGCCAGUUUACGAGUCAACUCAUUGGACCUGAGUCCCAACUACGCUGGUUCUAUUAUGGCUUUGGUCAACGGCUUGUCGUCCGUGUCUGGGAUGGCAACACCAUACCUUAUCGGAGUUUUGACGCCAAAUAGAUCAUUGCGAGAAUGGCGAGUCGUCUUUUGGAUCAUGUUCGCAGUUCUGUUCUUCUCAAACUGUGUGUUUGUAUGGUGGGGCUCCGGAGAGGUGCAGCCGUGGAACGACCCAAAGAAAGAAAAACAGAGGCUUCAGAAUGGAAAACAGUCACCCACUAAAGAAAAAUUUGAUUUGGGCAAAGAUACAAGAGACGGCAAAAAAGCACUUCCUGAUGUUUAGUGUCAUUUCAAAAGUAUUUAUUUAUUAUCGAUACCCGGUAGGAACUUUUUUUGUAAUUUACAAAAAAGUUGAGAAGCUGAAAUGCUUUAUACAAUGUACAUAGAUAUUUUGUAAAUAUACUUUAGACGGUAAUGUUAGUUUUGUAAUUCUAUAUGAGUUUAUAUUUUAAUAAAUAUGUGAAACCUU